AUUUGUUUGAUCUGGAUGGCGUUCGAAUGUUUAAUCGGGUCUUGGCAUUCCAAGCGUAAGUUUGAAAUUACGUGGAGUAAGCGGGGGUUAUAACAAGCUCGCCAGCAAAUGCUUGACUGUAAACCUCAUUCAUAGAACUCAUGCCCAUCUAAAUCUUACACAAUGUCGCACCGAUCAUCCAAGAGUUCUCUGUCGCGAAAAGGCAAACAUUGGUCGCAUCACGUUCGCGAGAGCAUCGUAUGCAAAAGCAAAGAGGGAAGUUUUAACUUGAAGAUUGUUGGAGGCGCCGAAUUCGGUGAAUUCAUCAAUAUCGGAGACUUGAAAGAAGACAAAGUGGUUUAUAAGAAGGGGAAGUUACUUUGCGGUGAUGUGAUACUGGAGAUUAAUAACAAGCCCGUCGCUGGAUAUACAAGACCCGAUGUGCUCGAACUUAUAAGCAAGGAUGGACGCAACGCCGUAUCCCUGCGAACGGUCAAACCUGGUCUUGGAAUAACUAAAGACCUUCGUCAGUUCUUGGCUGGUCGCUUCGAUUCGGAUUCAGUGGAUAGCGCGUUACAGCUUACAAUAAGAGAGAAUCUCUACAGACGAACUGUGCCAUGUACUACACGCAGCCCUCGAAAUGGGGAAAUCCCAGGAGUUGAUUACGUCUUUUUAAACAUGCAACAAUUCAUGGACAUGGAAAAGAGUGGUGCUUUAUUGGAGAGUGGAGUCUUUGAAGGCAACCACUAUGGCACCCCCAAACCACCAAUACAACCGGCUGGUACCCUAAGUGCACCCGCCUCCAAGAGGCAGGGAAGACCUUCAUCUGCUACGAAAUGGAAGAAGGGCCCUCUGAAUGGUGACAUGCCGUCAGGCGACAUGCUGGGACCACUCCCAGACAACUGGGAAGUAGCCUACACUGAGACAAAUGAGAAAUAUUUUAUUGACCAUAAGACUGGGACCACGCAAUGGGUGGACCCUAGACUUGCAUCCAAGAAAAGCAGAAGACCUGAAGACUGUGACGAUGAUGAACUUCCUUAUGGCUGGGAAAAAGUGGAUGACCCUAAGUAUGGAACUUAUUAUAUUGAUCAUAUCAACAAGAAAACACAGUUUGAAAAUCCUGUCUUAGCUGUUCGGCAUAGCCAGGACGGGCUGGAUUCUUAUGACAAUGACACAUCAUACAUGAGACCUCCCCCUCACCGUGCCCCCCCUGAUUUUCAUACCACCACAGCCAUGUCUAAAGCCCAGGAAGCUGAGGCUAUGAACAGGUGGCCACAAGUUGACCUUGAUCAUCAACCACCUGCCUACUCUGUCAGAAAUCCAAACACAGAGACAUUCUACAUAGAAGGUCGCCGACUAGAGGGCGAACUAAUCAGGACAGAACUGAUGAAGGGGUUUCGCGGCUUUGGCUUCACCAUCAUUGGUGGUGAUCAGUCUGGUGAACUGCUCCAGAUCAAGAGCAUUGUUCCCGAUGGUGCUGCUGCCAAAGAUGGCAAACUCCGGACUGGGGAUGCCCUUAUUAAAGUCAACGGCCGAUCAGUUGUGAACAAGACACACCAAGAAGUUGUGAGCAUGUUCCAGUCCAUGCCAACUAACGAGCCGAUAGAGCUGGAUAUGAUUCGGGGGUACCCUCUUCCAUUUGACCCAGAUGACCCCAAUGUCGAGACUAUAGGGUCCUACACAGUGGUGCGGUCUCCCCAGGGGGAUAACCAGAGUGGUCUGCUUCAGCCUGCAAACAAGUAUGGCCUGCCAAAUGCCCAUUCUGAUCAGAGUAUUUCAAGCAGCAAUACAGAUUCACCGGCAGGCAACAGAGGGUACAACACGGCCUCCUUUCCUCGUCACUCCACCUCCACCCUACAAAGGUCCACUCCUGAGAUGCACAAUGUCCGGAUUGUGAAGGGUCCAAUGGGUUUCGGCUUCACUAUUGCAGACAGUCCCUAUGGGCAAAAGAUCAAGCAGAUCCUGGAUGCCCAGCGUUGUGAGAAUCUGAUGGAGGGGGAUUUGUUGAUGGAGUUAAAUGGGUACAACCUCCGCAAUUACUCCCAUACUGAGACAGUGGAUAUGCUGAAGAAUUGCCCAAAGGGACGAGAGGCGGUCAUCCUCAUUCAGAGAGGAGGAGUGCCCACACCAAUGAAGAAUAGUCCUCUUCCUGGAAGAAGAGACCAGAAUGUGGAAGACUCCUGGCAUAAACCACGCCCCAAGUCCACCCCACCCAUGGGUGCAGUCCAAGUGCUCCCCAUGGGCCCACCCCCCUCACAGCGAAUGGGCAGUGCAGGUAACCUAGCAACAUCCGGUGAAGCCACACGUAACCAGGAGAUUGGCUCUGGGCGUGGGGGUAACCAAGCCUACUUUGACAAGGGCGGUGACGCCCUGACACAGUCCUAUCCUCCCAUCAGGAAGGCGGUGCAGUCUGCAAAGAGAUCUCAGGACAGCCUGAACCGUGGACACGAUGAUAGUGUGGAUUACUACAUCACCCUUCAUCGCGGAGAGAGUGGCUUUGGCUUCCGCAUUGUCGGCGGCAAGGAGGACAACACCCAGGUAGCGAUUGGUACCAUCGUCGAUGGCACCCCGGCUGCUGCCGACGGCCGACUGAGGCGCGGGGAUGAGAUCCUGUAUGUGGAUGGCGUUAGUGUGAUUGACGGUUACCAUAGGGAUGUCAUCUCACUUAUGAAGAGUGCUGCUCAGAAUGGUCAAGUGACUUUGGGUGUCAGGAGACGCCAGACCAUGCCAGGAAGGUCCACCCCAUCGGGCGUGCGCCGCACUUCACAAUCCAACUCUGUGCGCCUAACAUCCCGUUCGGCUGGCAACUUGACCGAGCUCGCUCGGCGUGACGAAUACGAGCCGAAUGGCUUCCGGUCGCCGUCCGAGCGCGCUGGCAGUACUCGGGACCGUCGGCGUAGUGAGUCGGAUAAGCUCCAGCCGGAUAUCCCAAUGGAUUACCGCGACAUCACACUGAACAGGGGCGCUCACGAGGGAUUCGGAUUCGUCAUACUUUCCUCCGUACACAAGAGCGGUUCAACUAUAGGUCGCAUCAUCCAGGGCAGCCCCGCUGACCGCUGCCGUGAGCUGUACGUGGGCGACAAGCUUGUCGCCGUGAAUGGGACCAGUAUCGUGGGGAUGCACCAUAGUGACAUCGUCAACACGAUCAAGCAGUCGGGACUCAGCGUAACACUCAGGAUCGCACAGAAACCGCUCGAUAACGAGGAGUCCAAGCCUCUAUCAUUCAGAAGUGUACCAGACGUCGGCGGGCGCAGCCGAAUGGAAGGCGGUUACGUGUCGGACGGUGGCUAUAGGCGACGCGACGAGGAGGACACGAUCGGGCGCGUGCGUGGAAGACGCGAGAGGGGCGAGUCUCGCAGCCGCGAGGAGAUCAUGCGAGAGGAGGAGGAACGAGAGCGCCGUGAAGCGGACAGGAGGAGAGAAGAGGAGAGAAUUGCCGAGCAAAAGAGGAGGGACGACGAGGAGCGGCUUCGUAGAGAGGAAGAAGAGAGGCGACUUGAGGAGGAGAGACGACGCGAAGAGGAGAGAAAAAGAGAAGAGGUGCGUCGUCUUGAGGAGGAACGCAAGCGGGAGGAAGAGAGAAGGCUGGCGGAGCAGCGCAGAGUUGAAGAAGAAAGGCGAAGAAAAGAAGAGGAAGAGCAACGCAGAAGGGAGGAAGAGGAAAGGCGUAGACGGGAGGAAGAGGAUAGACUUCGGGAAGAAGCUAGGAGGAGGGAGGAAGAAAGGAGGCUGGAGGACGAACGAUGGGAGAGGGAACGGGAGGAAGAAAGGCGGUGGGAGGAGGAGAGGCGACGCCGAUCCAUGGGUCGUUACCCUGAUGACAGAGGAAGGAGGAGUCCCUAUGAUGACAGCAGAUGGAGGGAGGAAGAGCGAAGAAGGUUUGACGAAGAAGAAAGACGUCGUGAUGAGGAUGAAGCGAUUCGGCGCCGGGAGGAGAUGCGAAGACGGGAAGAGGACAGGAUCAGAGAAGAGGAAGAGAGGCGUAAACAAGAGGAGCUGAAGCUCCGUCUACAAGAAGAAGCCAGGCGUCAGGAGGAGCUCGCUCGACAGAGAACUCAACCAGAACGCAAAGUACCCCCUCCCGUCCUCCCCAAACCUUCCAAGAACAAAGUCCUUCAGGCAAGAGGGCAGUUUGAGCAGAACACGAAGUAUCAGACCCUCCCGGCGCGUACCGCUCUCCCAGAAGACAGGUACCGACGCAUGUCAGGCGGUGAAUCACAACCACCACCAGGGCAGCGUGUGUUCAAGCCACGCCCAAAGAGCGAGAGCGAACUGAUGAGGGACCCCCGGACCGGAGAGGUUACCCAGGUCUUGGAGAUUGAGCUGAUCAGGAAGAACCAAGGUUACGGAUUUAGUAUCCGGGGGGGCCAGGAGAUGGAUAUGCCCAUCUAUGUUCUGAAGAUCGCAGAGGGAGGAGUAGCGGAUCUGGAUGGGCGGAUCAAGGUGGGAGACGAAGUUCUCGAGAUCAAUGGACGUAGCACACAGCACAUGCUGCACACGGACGCCAUCAGCAUGAUCCGUGGAGGAAGCAAAGUCAGGCUUGUCCUGAGGCGCAGUAGCCAUCCUCCAACCAUAGAUGGACUUCCGAAUGGCGAACCACCGAGAUCGCUUUCCCGCUCUGCUUACCGCAAGUCGUCAUCCGGCGAUGAGUUCUCGCGCGGGAGACCGCUGUCCUACUACUAGCACAUCCAUGAAUACUCGAGUCACAAGUUCUCAUUCUACAGUCUGAUAAUAUCAGAUCGAUACCAAUAUUCUCGGGGAACAGGUCUUGGCCUCCAUUAUCUCCUGGCUUUCUCUUCAGUUUCUCGUCAUUCUGCUUUAUGAGUACUGCUUUAUGCACUCAAGUCAUAACACUGUCAGACGUGUUGAUGAUGUUCAUCUACAAAUCUUUUGAACUCAAUUAUGCCCAAAUAAUCGUAACAUGUCGCUCUUUGGGCCAGUUUUUAAGCUCAGUUUUCUAUGCAUUAUCCACAGAAAGAAUAAAUACUAAACGUAACACUCGGAGGGUUUUAAUGACGUUUUUAAGCCAUUUUAAGUCAGACAUUUGAGUUUUAAGGAUUGAAGUAUAUAUCUCUCAGAAACUAGAAUUGUAGAUGAGUUUUAUAGCAGUAACUUCUGCCAAUUUUAACUCGUUUUUUUUUAACGUUUUAAGUCUAUGUAAAUAAGCAUUCUUGACGGUGCACGUUAAAUCUUCGUGGUUUUGCUUCUACAUUAUGCAAUUCAUCAGGCACCGGCAUUUAAAAUAAAAAAUAGAAUGCUUGAGAGAAUCUUGUCUUAUGUACAAUCAUGCCACGUAAUCGCUUUUAAUUGACUAUUGCCACUAUUUUAGAAUAACAUUCAAUUAAUCAUUUUAUAAGACAAUGUAGCAAUCAUAAAUUGUUUUAAUAAAGUCUUAGUCUCUA